GUUAGUUAAGGAACAUUACGGUUUAUUACAACGUGGCUCUUAUUUUGGUAGUUUUGUCCAUCAUUUCUAUUAGUAAUAAUAACGUUGUGCAGCUGAGAUCUGUGAACACCAGAGCUCAUGUGUGCAUAUGGAAGAGUUAUAGAGCAUGUGCACACAUAUUAGUCAUCCGACCAGACAUGCCAAAGUUAAAACCAAACCUCCGCCUUUGCUUACAUGUCAUUACUGUACAUUACAUUACUAUUUGUCAUUAAUUGUUAAGAAUACAUGUAAAGUCUGUCUGUUUUCAGGUCAAACUUGAGCUUGUUGCUCAAAAUAACCAGAUUUUAGUGAUGAACAGUAAUAUUUCAAAACACGACCCACCGGUACUGGGAAGAGAGAACCCAGUGUGGUCGUCGGUGCUAUAUUGACCCCAGCUGGGUCACUUUUAGUGAGCUGUAGCCCUUGUGGCUGUUAGUGAAUGAAGCGCUCUGACUCCUGUCUCAGGGUGACCUCCCCAGCCCUGCAGACAGCAGGUUUUACUCUCGCCUGCUGAGCUCGGAUGACAUGGAGGAUGUGGUCGACGCUGAUGAAUACCUGCUACCUUACAAAGGACUGGGUGACCAUGACAACCGUCCCUGCAAUGCCACGAACGGCCGUCCAGUCAGAGAGAACAGCAUCGCUCUGCGUUACAUCUCCGACCCGACUCACAACUCGCUGGACAAAGACGACUUCGCCGGCCACGAGUACAUGAACCAGAGUCUGAGUGAGACCAGCAGGAGCAGCAGGCUGUCGGAGGUUUUGAAUCCCAACUACGAGGACCUGAGCGCGGGCUGGGGCGCCGCCUUGCCCCGCUCACCCCUGGAGGAUCCGAAGCCCUCCGCCAGAGUUCCCGAGGGACCCGAAUACCUGAACUCCACCCAAAGCUCGCUCCCCCUGGCCGCCAGCGACAGCCUCGACAACCCGGACUACCAGGCCGACUUACUGCCGCAGGCCACGCCCACGACCGCUUUAACGGGGAACGGUCUGUUCCUCCCGGCGGCGGAGAACCUGGAGUACCUGGGUCUGGGUGCUGCACUGCACGCCCCCAUCCGCUAGGGGGCAGCAACAAUCUGACACCCAGAACUGGAACUGAGGUUCUGUGGAAACAAAAUGUCGCCCACUUGGAUUUAGGCUGCUGACAGUAUUUAACUGAGCUGUUUUACUGUGAAGUUUCCCAGGAAAUGCUGAGUGAGCAGCAGCAGUUACUGAGGGGGAGGGGGAGGAGGAGGACAGGACGUUUUCCAGGGAUUCAAACUCACAAACUGGACCUUUCUCUCAACUUUUAAAUGGCUUCAUUAACUUGUUUGACGUGACAAACUAGUGAGAACCCCGUGGAAAGCAAACAGCCAGAAGCCAGCGAGACAGAACCCACACAGAGUCUCUUCAGGUUCACCAGGACAGAGACUUUAUUCGAUCCGUCUCGGCCCCUCUGGGGACGCUGCGGACGAUCCGGGCGUCAGCAGCGCGAUGGAUUCUUGGACUGAAACGCCAUUUUCAAUAUGUCUUCCACUCCAUCUUUCCUCUGCAUCCUUCCCUUGUCAGCACUUGUAUUAUGCACUAUGGAAAUAAAAUCAGGUCCUAAACAUCAAAAAUUCAUCAGCUGGCACUUUGCAAAUGUGCACAGCGCUUUAAAAAUGUGCAAAGAAGAAAAAUUCUGUAUCUGCUCAUUUACACGGACUCAGGUCGUCUUGAUGAUAAAGGCCGCGAGCGGACCUGAGUCCACACGAUGGAUCCUCGGCUCCAUCGGGUAUCAGGAAGCUCAGUGGCGCCCCAAGCUGGCGAUGUGACGGCUCUGCGGCUCAAAUCUAAGUGCACCAAAGUCGACUCUGCUGCAGCUGCGUGUCGCUGCCACCACGACACAAACACUGGCUCACUUUCUUGUUUUAACGAGAUCCUUUUCAUGUUAUUAGGAGACACUUUCAGUCCCCCUGUAAAGCAUUUCUAGGCAAUAUCUAAACAUUUAAUAAAUGGGUUAUAACACACUAUAACGUGGUUAUAAGCUGGUUUUUCAGUACUUGUAUUCAUUAUCUGUUUGUACAGCAGCCUCCACUUUACAGUUAUAGUUGUCAACAAAUACAUUAAUGACUUAUAUCUGCUUACAGCUGCAGUAUAGUCUGUUAUUAACCGUUUCUUAAAUGUUUAUGUGCUGCUUGUAAAUGCUAAACUGGGGGACUUGGUUAUUAGAUACCACAUUAUUCCGUUUGAAGUAAAACACGUUUUAUCACUGUAUCUUGUUAAAUAAUGGAACGAGCAACGUGCCGCCCAUCUGAAACUUUCAGCCAUAUUUUAGUUUCCAUCCGCUGCCUCCGCAGGAGAAUCUUCCACACUGGAGCUUUUAAAUAGUCGGAAGCGCUUGUUUUAAACUUUGGUCCGUGAAAAGUGCAGAAUUGAAGGCGCAGCGAUUCCAAAUGAACAGUCGAGUUCGCAGAGACAAAGCAGAGGAGAAUAUUCUGUUUUUCCUCAGAUGCUUUAAAUAAAGUGUUCAGUUCGACAUCUUCGGCUGCAGUCUCCUGAAGCCGGUUUCGUUUGAUUCGGAUCCCUGAAGGCUGACACACAGGGACGGCUGGACCAGCUGCGUCUCUGUCGGACAGGUGCUCUCUGGAAUAAAGGUGGAAAAAAAGUCACAUCUCAUCAAAACAAGUGACACUUUGUGAAAUCAGCAAAACCUUCUGUCAGCAUUUGACUUGAAACACCUUCAGUUAAGCUUAGAUUGUUGUUUUUUUACUUGUGUGCCAAGUUGGAUGAGUUUUACUGAAGUGUAAAAAGUGUUUUAUUCUCCCUUUACUUGACAAGAAUGAGCCAAACUCUGAUUUACUGUUACUGCACUCUGACUCUAUUAGCUGUUACUGCACUCUGACUCUAUUAGCUGUUACUGCUUGCUACUGUUUGUCACUGCUGUUAGUGGAAAUGUACGGAAGCUGAGAGGCGGGUUGAUGGUUAUUCUUCAGGUUCAUCUCAAGACAACAAACGUGCCCAUAUUUCAGGCUGAGCGAGUCUCCGCUCUGACGAAGACGCUCUUUAUGUUGAAACAUUAGUAGCUGCACUUCUUUAAAACGCUUUUCGAAGCGCUCCAGUUUAGUUUUUAACCCCGUUAUUAUGACCCGAGAGCUGAAUUAUUUUACUUCCUGGAGUUUUCUCACGACUUUCUUGGGACUUAAAUGUGUUUGAGGGUAACGGAUGAACCCCGUCUGAUCAGGACCGGAGUCCGGCACAAGUCCAAGUCUGAGCAAGAAGAGUCCAAAGAAACAGAAAGCAGUGAUUCAGUAUUCUUCACCCUGUUGUUCGUAGAGAGAGUCAACUGUGACACAGCUUCAACCACUCAGUACAGUUCUUUGGAUUUAGAAAAGUUUGACAUGUGACAGAAACAGGAAAACCUGCGUCAGCAGUUUCCAUCCAGAUUCAGCCUACAUUUUAAACCUUUAAAAGUUUUUUUCCACUCCGCAAAUUGAAAAUGUGCUUAAAAACAUGUGGAUGGAAACACAUAGUGUUGCAUUAUUUGCUAAAAGUGUGAUUACAAGAGAAAGAUAUAAACUGAAAUUAAAAACUAAAUAUUCAGCAUCUGAGGACGCUUGGUUAUUACGUGGCUAAGACACACUGAUUCGACCAUCGCCUGCACUUGAAAAUAACAGAACUGAGAUUCGAAGUGAAGCCGACUGGACUCGAGACUGGAGACAGAAGAGAAGUCCGAGUCCGGACGCUCGUGAGACCAAGAUCUCGACGCCAGACUUGAAAUAGUUACAUCAUGUUUCUGAGGCAGCAGUUUGAUCUUUACAACGUGACAAAAAAUCAGCACAAGUCCUGAAGUCUAAAUAAUGAGCCUAAAAUAUGAAUUAUCAACCACGACUGCACUCAGCUUCCAUAGAAAAUGACACAGAGGAAUCACGUUGAAUGUCUGUAAAUGUUUUAUUGUUUCAUUAGCUUUAAUUGUUGUUAACUGUGAAAAAUAGUUUGAGAAAUCUUUGUUGUUUACAGGAACAGCUGACCUGCUAACAAGGCCACCAGUUUGUUGGAAAGACAUUAAAGUUUCUGUUUUGUUGUCUGACACUGGAUGAAGCUGAGUAUCUGCAUGAUAAUGUGGCGAACGAUAUGAUAAGUUCAUCAAAGUUGAAUUGGUUUGUGGUUUUUACUGAGAACAAGCCAAACACCCACAACAUCUUCAAAAUCUUUAUUGGCUUUAUUUAACAGAACAGAACUGAACACAAAGACUGGACGAAGGCCGGGGAACCGGAGAAAACAGAAAAUAAAAGAGAUUUUAGAAAAAAUCAACAUGAAAGAGAAAUAUUAUUUGAAUGCACCUUAAAUUUCCGUGAGACUAAUUCAUGCUGAGUUCUGGUGUCGAACAUCUAAACCCAGCUCAGCGUCAGCUGCUGCUCCGUCAUUUACUCUCAUCUCACGUCGAGCUGGUUUGGAUUUUCAGAAAUGGAUUUUUGAUUCAACAGAAUGAGACUUAAUCUGGUCAAGUUUGAUUAAAAGUGCAUGUAGAGAUCA